AUGUCGGGCGAUCCAUCAGCUCGGCGGCUGCUCCCGCAGAGCUCCCAGAUGACCAAUUUCAGCUUCGCGCCGCAACCAUACCAGCCGAGGGAAACCCAAAAGAAUUAUGUGUUCGUGGAUGAGCAUAAUCGUCACAAACGACUAAAGGUCAUGAGAGCAUGUGAGGGAUGUCGGAGAAGAAAGAUCAAGUGCGAUGCCGCGACCACCAAUACGUGGCCGUGCUCCGCCUGCAUUCGUUUGAAGCUUCACUGCGUCAGGCCCAACGGCUACGAUGGCGCAGCAGAACCUCAGGUCUUCGAGCCCACUCGCCCCGAGUACGAGACUCUUGGAGUCCAGGAUUUUCGACAGCACAUGCCAAUGCAUCCUCCUCACCUCAUGCCUGGCGCUGCCAACCCAUCACCUAUGUCCUCGUCCAUGUCCUCGUCCAUGUACGCCCCGAACCGAGGAAGCUACUCCGAGCAGUCCGGACUCUACCAGCCGAUGCAGUAUCAGGACCAUUCACCGCAGCACGGCAUCCAUUACACUACCGUGCCUGCUCCUGUGGGCGUGGUUGACCACUCUUACGCACAGGCGCAGUCACAACAGGCGCCACAGCCCACGAUAUUCCCCACACCGCCCAUGCAACAGGCGACGCGUCCUGAAUCCCCUCCGGAGGUCUACAACCAGGAUCAGCACAGACUCAGGCUGAAGGGAUUGGCGGACGAAGAGCCUCUCCUCCCAGAAGACGAGGACUACAAGACAUCGCUGCCACCACUUGUCUCGGGACCGGGGCUUAAAGUCAGGAUACCGCCAGAGUUGAUGCCGGACGAAGAGACUGCUUUGCACUAUUUCGACCUGUUCUUCAGCAACAUCCACCCCUACGUACCCGUACUCGACAGGUCAGCUUUCUAUCGUCAGUGGCAGACAAACAGGGAUUCGAUCUCUCCGUUAGUUCUGGAGGCCGUCUUUGCUUUGGCUGGAAGAAUCGCGGACGAGCCAGGCGAAGGGCAGCAGUGGCUCGCUUUGGCAACAAGGCAUGCCGAUUCCUUCAUGGACACGCCUAGAUUGAGCACAAUCCAGGCGCUGCUGCUAAUUCUGAAGGCAAGAGAAGCGGCUCCGAGACGUGGCUAUUUCUACCGUUCCUGGAUGAGCAUCGUCCAAUGCGUCCAAAUGGGCAAAGAGCUCGGACUCGAUGAGCAUUUUGAGGAUCAUAAAGCUGGGCGUUCUUGCGACUCCUCCGCGGCCGAUUGUGCCCUGAAGAGCCGAAUCUGGCAGACGGUCUUCGUAGGCGAGACCAUGAUAGGUUCUGCCCAAGGUCGCACGGAUCUCUCGGUCGAUCUCGACUCAGUUGACUUCGGACUCCCGCGCCCAUUGGCAGGGGGUGACGAUCAGGACUACCAGGUCGCCCGAAACUUCGCGUACAUGGCUCGUGUUGUUCGCAAUAUAGCGCGGAUGAACAGAGUCUACUCACGCAUCCACAAGCACAAGGACUGGGGCUGCGAUCCCGAAUUCGUUCAGCUCAACCCUAACGCAACCGCCUGGCUGGAUGAACUCCCUGCGGAUCUAUCAGUCAACUACCCGCCUGAUGGCUCCGCGCCAUGGUUGUCCUCGGCGAUCAUCGGCAAUCUGCACUCCUACUACCACCUCAGCAUCAUACUGUUGCACCGCCCGCAAUUGACGCAUCUGGAGCCGACCAGCAUGGAUGGCCAAUGGAAACAUCACAUGCUGCUCUGCUACAAUGCUGCGAAGACAAUCUGCAGGCUACAAGAGGCUACCCUGCAAUCCUUCGGCCUGCACGGGCUGCAAUGCAUGCAGAGGGGCAUCAAUUUCUCGCUCUACUGCAUCAUGUCAUGCAUCGUGCUGCAUCUUGUUGCCCUCACUUCGCCGGAUCCAGACUUGAACUCUGAUGCCCGUGAGUACUUCACGAGACACAUGAGGGUGCUGGAAAAGGUCAUGCACGCGUGGCCAAUGCCCGAUGUGCAAAAGCAGAUAGACUCCAUCCGAGAGGCCUUCUCGGCCGACACAAGGAAGCCUUUCGUGUUGAAGCCUAGCUUCCCGUACGGCAGCCCGCACUCGACCACACGUCAAACUCCGCCGCGGCUCAACCCCAAUAACUACAGGCCGUCUAUCCCCCGCGGAUCGAUGGACCACCACCAGCAGACAAUUGACACACAGGGCGCUGUCCAGCAUUCUCAAUCAAUGGAACAACUCAUUCGCUCUCUAAGUAUUCCAAAUUCAGGUGCCACGGAAAUUCCUUCGAUUCAGGAUAUCCAACACGUGCACGCCACCGUGCCUUCAGUUGCUGCUGCCGCCGCAGCUUCACAGAUUUCUCCCCACCAGCAAUACUCGUCUGCACCUGUGCAGACAUUUGUGACUCCUGCUAUGUGGCAGGACUCUGUGGCCAGUGUCUACGAGGGCGGGUUGAAGCGAGGAUGGGACUACGAUGCCAGUGGGCUGCCCUUGACGAAACGCAGAUAG